GUAAGACCCUUUUGUAGCCAUGAAAAGUUCUUCACAUUAGCUAGCUGCUUCUCAAAAGUUGCUGAGAAAAAAAGAUUUACCUUAUACCAUUUGACUUGUCAUGGGUUCUUUUUCUGCCAUUGGGAUGAGAUGAAUUUAAUUCCUCAUUCUAAUUUGUCAUACAAUACAAAGGACAAGAAAAAGUAAAUCUCCAGGUAAUAUAAAAAGCUGAAAAGUUCAUUUUUCCUCUAAAUCCAAUUUCAAGCAAAGUUCAAUAAUGGACUGUCACCCAAUAUUCCGCAGGUACCACUACUAGUCUAGUCCCUUUCCCCCUCCUGAUUCAAUUUCUCUGUCUCCCAUUCUUCCUCUCAAUUCUAUAAUCCAAUAUAUUUCCCUCUCUCUCUCUCCUCCCCUCUCUCUAGAUGAUGCAAUUCACGGAGACCCCACCCCCACCACCACCACUCUACCAAAUCUCCACAUUCACAACCCUGAUCCCCAUGACCAAAACCCAAAUAAUCCACCGCAGCCGCCCGUGGCCCAUUGGUUUCCCCACGCCCGCUGCGGCUUUCGGCGCAGGAGGAAACAGCGGACUGGGCGACGCCAACUGCAUGGAACAACUGCUCGUCCAAUGCGCGACCGCCAUCGAGGCCAACGACGCCACCCUGGCGCAACAAAUUCUCUGGGUCCUCAACAACAUCGCCCCGCCAGAUGGCGACUCCACCCAGCGCCUCGCCUCCGCCUUCCUCCGGGCCCUCAUCUCGCGCGCCGCCAAAUCCGGCACGUGCAUGAUGCUUGCCGCCGCGGUCGCGAGCUCGAGCCCCGCGAUCUCCACGCACAAGUUCUCCGUGACCGAGCUGGCCUCCUUCGUCGACCUAACCCCGUGGCACCGAUUCGGAUUCACCGCGGCCAAUUCGGCGAUUCUAGACGCGGUCGAGGGGUUUUCCAUCAUUCACAUUGUCGACUUGAGCUUGACGCAUUGCAUGCAGAUACCCACUCUCAUCGAUGCCGUCGCCAGCCGGUUAGCGGGCCCACCGCUGAUAAAGCUCACGGUGGCCGGCGCCACCGAAGACAUCCCGCCAAUGCUUGACCUCUCCUACGACGAGUUGGGAGCGAAACUAGUCAAUUUUGCCCAGUCAAAAAACGUGAACAUGGAAUUCCGCGUCAUCCCGUCUAGUUGUACCGACGGAUUUUCUUCAUUUAUCGAAGAAAUCCGGUCGGAACAACUAGUCCGGGGAAACAACUUUACAAACGAGGCAUUGGUUGUAAAUUGUCACAUGAUGCUCCACUACAUACCCGAAGGAACCCUGUCCUCGAUUUCUUCAUUCGAUGCGGCCGGUUCUCCUAACUCGUCCUACCGCACGACGUUUCUAAAAAACCUCCGGAGACUAGACCCGACGGCAGUGGUUCUGGUGGACGAAGAUGCGGAUUUCACCUCCAAUGAUAUGGUUUCUAGACUGAAAUCGGCAUUCAAUUAUUUGUGGAUACCGUACGACACAAUGGACACGUUCCUACUGCGUGGUCGUGGGGGUGGCGACAGUGGCGGUAGCAAGGAAAGGGAAUGGUACGAAGGGGAUUUGUGCUGGAAGAUAGAGAACGUGGUGGCGCAGGAGGGGGCGAAGAGGGUGGAGAGGGCAGAACCGAAGGGGCGGUGGGCGCAACGGAUGAGGAACGCCGGGUUUAGGGGCGCUGGGUUUAGCGAAGAUGGGGUGGCGGAGGUGAAGGGCAUGCUCGAGGAGCACGCGGCGGGGUGGGGGUUGAAGAGGGAGGAAGAGGAUCUUGUGCUCACUUGGAAAGGGCAUAAUGUUGUUUUUGCUACUGUUUGGGUACCUACUAGCUAGCCAGUUGAUUUGGUUUUAUUAAUUCGUUCUUUGAUCCCAAUUCUUCGUUUCUCUUCC